UCGUCGCCGCCGCCGCUGCUGCCUAGAGCUGUAGUUGCCGCCUUGUCUCUGCACAGGUGUGAAAGUCAUUCAUCCUGUCUUUUUAGCGUCCCGUCACCGCGUCCAAUUCAGAAAGAAAGUGCUUGUCAGAGACAGAGCCCAGCACUUUUGCACAGACUGUCAGACUGACGUCCCCGCAAACCAAUCAUAACCUGGCUUUCUAGGCCGCUGCCGGAACGUCUUAAUUGACAGAUAGCACCAAUGGCCAAUCAGAUACCUUUGUGUCAUUAGCUGGCUGGAGGGAUUGGCCAAUAGCAGACUAGACUGCUAUAUCUUCCCCUUCCCCCACGCCGCUGAGCUCGGUCGUUGGUGUAAAGGAUCCGCGGCCGGUUAAUGGCUGCUGUAGCGUCAUGUAAAUUGGCUGAGCUGUGAAAGCCCGAGUUCCGUUCCGCGUCUUCCUGUCAGGAUGAGAAUUUAAAAUAAUAUUUGAAGUAAAAGGGGCGGUUCAGCUUCUGACUGGCGUCUGGCACCCCGCAGGAGAAGGGCCCUGUCUUUCCUUUCACCUUCGUUUGGCCCAAGAUGCGCGAGGCGCCUGCUUCCCUCAGAGCGGCGUCCAAAGGCGUCAUAGUCUAACAGGCCAAGCGAGGCACAGCGUCCGGUGGGUGUCAUUAGGAAGAAAGCCGCAGUCAUUUGUGCCGUUAGAUUUAAUAUUUGAAUAUGGGGGCAUUCUUGGACAAACCAAAAACUGAGAAACACAAUGCCAACGGAGCAGGCAAUGGCUUACGGUAUGGACUUAGCAGCAUGCAAGGCUGGAGAGUAGAAAUGGAGGAUGCCCACACGGCUGUUGUGGGUAUACCUCAUGGUUUGGAGGACUGGUCCUUCUUUGCGGUCUAUGAUGGCCAUGCAGGGUCACGUGUUGCAAAUUAUUGCUCGUCACACUUAUUAGAGCACAUCACUGACAACGAAGACUUCAGAGCAGCCGAAACUGCAGGGUCCACUCUGGAGCCAUCGGUAGAAAAUGUCAAAAGUGGCAUUCGAACUGGAUUCUUAAAAAUUGAUGAAUACAUGCGCAACUUUGCCGACUUGAGGAAUGGCAUGGACAGAAGUGGGUCUACUGCUGUGGCGGUCCUAAUUUCACCUAGUCACAUGUAUUUCAUCAACUGUGGGGACUCUCGGUCUGUAUUGUAUAGGAGUGGACAAGUUUGCUUUUCGACACAGGAUCACAAACCCUGCAAUCCAAGGGAGAAGGAGAGGAUUCAGAAUGCGGGCGGCAGUGUCAUGAUCCAACGUGUCAAUGGAUCGCUGGCGGUUUCUCGUGCCCUGGGGGACUAUGACUACAAAUGUGUCGACGGGAAGGGACCUACUGAACAGCUCGUUUCUCCAGAGCCUGAAGUCUAUGAAAUUGUACGAGCGGAUGAAGAUGAGUUUAUAAUAUUGGCUUGUGACGGCAUUUGGGAUGUCAUGAGCAACGAAGAGCUCUGUGAAUUUGUGAAGUACAGGCUUGAGUUGACAGAUGACCUUGAAAAAGUGUGCAACUCGGUAGUGGACACCUGUUUACACAAGGGAAGCCGUGAUAACAUGAGCAUCGUGUUAGUGUGUUUUCCCAAUGCCCCUAAGGUCUCUGAAGAAGCGAUCAAGAAAGAUGCAGAUUUGGAUAAACACUUAGAAUCAAGAAUUGAAGAAAUCAUGACGAAUGCUGGAGAGGAGGGAAUGCCAGAUCUUACGCAUGUGAUGCGCAUUUUGUCUGCAGAGAACAUGCCUCAUUUGCCACCUGGAGGAGGUUUAGCUGGGAAACGCAGUGUUAUUGAAGAUGUUUAUAAUAGAUUGAAUCCACAUAGAGAGAAUGACGGGGACCCUACUGGAAGCGUGGAAAGCGCAGCGCAUGGGAAGGUGGUGGAAGCUCUCAGGGAGCUGAGGAUUAAUCAUAGGGGAAACUAUCGCCAACUCCUGGAGGAGAUGCUAUGUAGUUUCAGGCAGGUUAAUGUGCAGGGUGACGAUUCCACCUCUGCCCCAACAGAAGCUUCGACUUCCAGCAGUCCUGUGGAUGCGCCAGUCACUGGAAUAAGUGAAGAGGAACCUUGAGCUCUACUUGCGUGGUUCUUGUUUUAUGAAAGGCUAAGCUUUGAUAUUUGUAUUGUUAGUCU